AUGAAGGUACGAUCGUCCGUGAAGAAGAUGUGUGAGUUUUGCCGGACAGUUAAGCGUCGUGGGCGCGUGUAUGUACAAUGCACGGCCAACCCGAAGCACAAACAACGACAAGGCAUGUCAACAUUUGCCUAUGAAGGUCCAUUCCCUCUUAUUGUGUGCCUACACGUGCAUAUUGGUUCAUAUGGAGAAAAUAACAUUUACAUUGGAGUUACAUAUUGGGGUAUUAGCUGCAGGCCAGCCGAGACAAGUGCCAAGCAGGAGACUUCACUCGCUCACAGCUUGAGAACUGGUUUGCCUUCUCCUAUACCGAAAAAGAAUGAACCUUCUGUUAUGUUUGGAUGGAGAACGGGCUUGGCUUCUCUCUUAUUCAAUCAGGGCUGCAAGGAGUAG